AAAAUUAUGAACAAAAGACUCAUUAGGAAACAGAAAGUUGAAGAGGCUAUGAAAAAGUACAUCAGGAAUAAACCAAAAAUUAAGAAAGGAAGAGUCAGGAAUAUUUCAACUUAUAUUGGCAGAGACUAUACUAGGUUCGACGAACCAAUUUCUCCUUCAAACAAUAGCAGAGAACAAAAUUUUAGCUUCGGGUCCAACGAAGUAGAUUCGAAUAGAAAGAAGCUUACCCAUCCAAAAACUCUUAAUAAAAACAUUAUUUAAGAAACCAACUUUGAGCGUGUCCCCUGACUCAUUAUUGGACAUAAGUUUUCAGAAAAUGGGACAAGAUGAAUUAUCAGAUGGGGAUGAGAUUCAAGGGAGUGAAAUACUCACAUGCAACAUCUGCUGAUCUAAUAAAUCUGAAGAGUUUAUGAUCUGUAGGUUCUGUGGUAACAAUGCCUGUAACUCUUGAUGGGAUUCAGUUACUAAGAAAUAAAUCCAAAUGCUUUUAUUGCUCACAGAAAAUCACUCAUCAGGAUUUAAUCAGAAAUCUCAUGGUUGAACAGAUCAGGCAGAAAGAGAAAAUUAUAGACUCCAGAUACAAAAGCCAACUGAUUAAAAAGUGAUCUGCCCACAAAAAAACAGGUAAACUUUUUUGAGAACACUGCUGAUGCUUCAUUUGCACAGAGUGAGUGACUGAUCCUAUCCAUUCUGGGCAUAAAAUAUGAGAUAUCAAUGAUAGACCUGACAUUAAAGAAAUGAUCCAAGAGUCAAAUCAGUUUGUGGAAGAGCUUCAGAAUGGAUGAAAUCUACUCAAACAGUCAAUCAAAAGUCAUUCUGAGCUUGUGGAUACAAGCAUUAAGGAACUAGCCAUUUAUAUCUCCAGCCUUAAAAAUAAAAUUCUAAAGAAAAUUGAAGAAGAUACAAGGUUUCUCAAAGAAAAAGUUGAUUUAGAAAUAUACCUCAAUAAUGAAGCCAAGAAAGAGUUAGGGCAGUUUCAGAAAAUUGUCAAUAAUGUUACCAAACUUAGCUCUAAUACCAUAAACCCUCAAAAUUUGAGAGAGGAACUAGACAGGCAUCUUGGCUAUAAUGAAGCUCCAAACAUCAAAGAUUUGACAGCAAAUUCAAAGCUAGAUUUCUCGAAGGUAUCGAUUGAAGAAAAGUUUCAUUUGGGAUGAGACUCCACUAAACAAACAAAGUUCUCAGAAUUCAUUAAAAAGACUCUAAAAGAAAGCAUUAAUCAAAUGUUUUAGAUUCCAAUCUUGGA